GAGGUGGCACUGGCAGGCAGCCCUUGCUCACCGCCCGUCGUUUCGGGCCAAAUCCUCUCGUGACCUCAAUACUUGCUGCACUUCCUUGGAGAAAGGGACCAUUUGUCGAUAGUCUUCGUCCACCAUCGCCCGCUUUUUGUGACUGACGACGUGUAAACCUACCCGCCAUGAGGGCUACGUCGGCCAUCAAGUUUCCUUGGUCCAAACUUCAUCUUCCGCUGCCCCGCACCCCGCGUCAAUCUAAGCAGCUCCUCAAUGCCAUUACAUCCUCCUUCCGUCGUCAGCUCGAUCGUGAAUAUCCGACCAACAACCCUUCCUCGUCCAACCGUAGCGAUGCCCCGGAAGAGCAUUCGCCAGCAACUUCCAAUUCCUCGGCUCAUUCGACCGAUAUACUGAUGCACAACAUCUUAAACAAUCCUCUCUUUCGAGUGAACCCUUCGGAGUCUGCUAUUGCCAGUAAUGCGGCGGGCAUGCGCGAUAUCAAACAGCAAAGAAUGAUGAAAGAACCCAUGAUAAUUUUCGAAGAACUAGUCGCUGCAGGACAUGUCGAGACAAAGGACGUUUUCCAAUGCUUACAGUAUCAGUUAAUGCUUGCAUUUGCCAGUGAUGACGUUGGGAAGGCCAUGAAAGAUUCCAGAGCAGGGACCAAGGUUGUCAAUUGGUUGCGCGCGUCCAAUUGGGAAGAUCGGCUAUCAAUCUUUUGCCCAACAACCCACGCAGUUCCACGACCGUCUACCAACUUAUUGAAGUUCAUGGUCGUGGAGGGCAUGCAAAAUACUGUCCUGCUAUGGUUGAAAAUGUUGAUCGAUUUUGAUAUUCGAGACUCCAGUGGUCGUAUCAGUCGAGGCCUUGCAGAUAUGUGCGCUAAAUUCCUCCUGUACGAUUUUAUUUAUGCCGAAAUUCAGUAUGGGGGCGGCUUAGCCUCUGCUAUGCGCUACUAUGUGCAGGCAAAAGACCUGUGUUCCUCCGUGUAUUCGAGGGAAAGGUCUUCGAUCAAAACAAUAUUUCGCAGAUCCGGUAGGGGUCUGCUCUGGCAGGCUCAGCGAGGGGUACCGGACGAUGGUAACAAGAUUCCUGCAAGUAUCUAUUCAGAAUACGCCUCUGUUUACACCACUAUUGAACCUUUUAGCCUAUUCAAAGCCACUCUGGCUCUGUACCAUCCCACAGAACCCGAUCCGAGACCAUUCCUCCGGUUCAAUCGUCAAUUUGAUUUAGCGCAAAUGAAGACAUUGACGCCGCGCCAGCGAGACGUGUUUGUGCACAGUUGCUCGGAUGCGAUCCGUAUCUUAACGGACCAGGGGAAGCGGAGGGAAGCCACAUGGUUAGCAGGCGUUCUACAGCACGUGUCAGAUCAGACAAAUGUUGGACACGAAGCACCAGCAUCCAUGGAAGAAAAAGAGUCGCUUUCUGGGCUACUUCAAGUUGAGCUGGCCUUGACCUGAUUGACGUAGUUAUUCACCUACAACGUUUGUGGUAUAAACCGCAAAGAAAUUGGACUACAUUGCUUCCCUUCCCAGGGGCAAAUUGCAAAGUUGAUGCCUCCCAUUCAUGCCACGGAUCCUGGCGGAACAGUGUCGGUCGCCCGUACAAGAUUCUUCAGCGAAGUGUGGCCGCCAACCAGCCAGCAGCAUUAUUGUCUCGACUUUCGAGGGUCAUACCGAACCAGCAACACUCCAAUACUCCGCACCCGGCUCCACACCUGCCGCAAGGGAGGGCUUCUCCUCUUAUUGGCGUGCUUACCUUCGAGCCUUCGAGGAAAGUCCAGUGCAACUGGAGCUUAUCUACCUAUCUAUGUGCCUUCGAGCUGAGCAACGAAACAUAUAAUGGCUCCGUUGAUUCCUUAGUCUAGCAUGCAC